AUGUCCUCAUCUUCCGGGACUCCAGCUUCUAAACCUCGUCGACGACGUGACAAACCUCAACUUUCGUGCAUCGCAUGCCGCCAGCGCAAGUCUCGAUGCGAUCGACUACAGCCAUGUACCAGCUGUGUCGCACGCGGUCACUCAUGCGUCUACCUGACCCAAAAACCACCAGCAUCCCUAUUGCAUCCUACGCCCGUUGGAGCAGCAGCAGGACUUCAUGACCGGCUGGUUCACUUGGAGCGUCUCGUCAAGUCCUUAAUGCCCGAUGGAACCAACAAUGACGAGGCGCGACAGCUUACUACCCCAGAUACCACUCCCAAUAGCAGUGUUCGACAAGUGCCUAGUAAUGGUGUAGUAGAUACACAGUCAGAUUGUGGCAGCAUGCAGAUCACCGAUUCCGAGCUUCAGUAUGUAGCCGGUGAACACUGGGCGGCCAUUCUGGACAGCAUUGCCGACUUGAAGGCGCAAUGUGAUCGCGAGGAACAAGUCAGGAUGGCCGAAUCUAUCGAUGACACGAGUGGGAAGCCAUCCCACUUUCGACAUGCGUUGUUGCUCUACGGAUGUGAACGGGCUUCCUCAAGGGCUGAGAUCAUCGCCGCACUGCCACCCAAGGCUGCUGUUGACCGCUAUAUUUCGAAGUAUUUUAACUAUCUUGAUCUUGUCGCUUCUGCCGUAAUGGCCUCGGACGUGACCGACAGCGCAGAAGACGAGCAUAAAACCCUCCAACUCGAACUCUACCGCAAAAAGGUUGCCCAGUGCCUCGUCAUGGGCGAGUACACCAAGCCUGGCCCCUACGUACUCGAGACCCUAGUCCACUACGUAUACAUCGAGUUCGGAAUCAACCCCGACGCGGACCGCAACAUCUGGUUCCUGCUCGGGCUCGAAGUCAACCUCGCAAUGCGAAUGGGCUAUCAUCGCGAUCCCAGCCACUUUCCCAAUCUCACUCCAUUACAGGGCGAAAUGCGCCGUCGCCUAUGGACAACCGUACAAACAAGCGAUACUCUCCUAUCCAGCCAAAUGGGCAUGCCGCGAAUGAUCUCCGACUGGAAAUGGGAUACCGCAGAACCGCGAAACUUAUUCGACACAGACUUAAGCCAAUCCCUAACAGCACUACCCCCCAGCCGACCAGAAACAGAACACACCACUACAUUAGAACUCAUCGCGCGGAGACGCAUACUCAUAGCCAUAGGCACUAUAUCCAACCUAGCAGACGCAGUCAAACCAGCAAGUUACGCAGAAGUAAUGCAAGCAGACAAGAAACUUCACGACGCCGUUUCCACCAUCCCUCCCCCUCUCCGCUUCAAAUCCCUACAGGCGAGCAUGACCGAUUCCCCACAGGUGAUCAUGUCCCGACUAUUCCUCGAACACCUCCUAUACAAAGGCCAGAUCAUGCUUCAUCGCCGGUUCCUCAACUUAGAAACUAUCUCUUCGCGUGAAUCAAACCCAGAAGGUGAUAGGUUCACCUACUCCCGCACCGCCUGUAUCGACGCAUCACUCGGCGCCCUACGCAUACAGCACAUUCUCGACGAGGAGACCUGCAGAGGGGGCCAAUUACACGACAUGCACUGGCGGAUCACAUCAAGCAUGACGCAUCUGUUCCUAACGGCGACGAUGAUUCUAUGCUCGUUGGUGCAUCGGGGUAAGCCUCUUGAGAGGAUAGAGGAGGUGCUGGCUGCCCUUCGAACGGCUAGGACUAUCUGGAUGCGUCGUGGCUCGACGGCGACUUCGCGCGAGGCGGCGAGGGCCGCUGAGGUUGUUAGUCUUACUCUUGCGCGGGUGGGGGAGCGUGGCGUUGAAGGGGAUGGUGCUCAUGGCUGUUUGAGUGCUGGUGAUGGUGACUUGGCGGCAGAGUUGGAGGUGGGUCAGAGUAUGGGUGUAGAUGGGGGCGAAGAAUGUGUGAUGCCAUCGUUGAUGGUGGAAGAAGACUGUGUAGGGUUGGACUAUGCGUUCUCUAUGGAUGAUUGGUUGCAGAUGCAAUGGCCGGGUGUGGACAAUUUUGAUACUUAUUCCCGCUGA